AUUGCCUUCUGUGUCCUCAGAAAUUCAACAGUAUGCUGAAGGAGAGACAAAACUUGGAGAGGAAGCACAGCCGAGGAUAGAUACUCCUGCUGAUCCCCAUCCCUUGUUUCUUCACUCGCUUCUCUUUGCAGGCUUGAUUUAGACCUUCCCAUCAAGGCGAUGUAGCCAGUAGACACAAUCCUGCUCUUCCCACAACCAUUCUGAACAGUUGAAUCUGAAACUGCAGCUUGAUGUAAAAUCAGACUGAUUACAAUAUGUUGCUACUUAAGCAAUGACUCUAGCUGUUGGAAAAAACAAACUUGGCCUGCCCAAGAUGCAUGUCUUCAGCCUGCUGUGCUUAAGAUUCUGACCAAGGAAGUGUGCAUAUUCAUCCCUCUUCUGUUCUGAUUUGCCUUCAAGAGAUGUAAGUAGAGACAACGGCAAAGAAUAGUGAAACAGCUGGGACUUUUCCAACACUUUUCGGGCCUGGCCUAUGAAGCCACGUAUGGUGAUUAAUGCACCAUGUCACUUAGUAUGUCCUAACGAUUUCUCUGAAAGGAAAGAAAAGAGAGUGACGAAUAGGCUGAGACCAAACCAAAGGGACUUGUUAGAAGAUAAGAAAUGUAUGAAGAGCCCUGCUGCAUUAGACUAAACUUCCAGCUAAUCUAGCAUCCUGUUUCCAAUAGUAGCCAACCAGAUGGCUCCAUGAAGUCUACGAAAGCAGAACUUGAAGGCAGCAGCCAUACUCUGUUAUAUGUUCCCAGGAUCUUUUAUUCAUAUGUAUUCUGCUUGCCUCUGAAAUAGAAGUUCCAUGUACCUAUCAUGACUAAUAACUACUGACCUAUUCUCCAGAAACUUGUCACAUAAGAACAUUGCUAACAAGGAGUCCCAGUCUUAUCUUUCUGCAGCAAGCUACACAUCUGAGGGUUCUUCUAGGGAAGAAUGAAUGAGAUCAGAUUUGGGGGUUUAUUUAGGCAUAUUAAUCUUUCUCUAGUUAUGCAACCUGGGAUGUCAUCUGAAUUCUAGCAUCUUUUCAGAGGAAACAUGCAUCCAUGCCAAUAUCCCAGUAGUGAUGGUGCAGGGGCCUACAGUGAAAGGUGGUGAAUCUUCAUAUCUGGACAAGCUCUUCAAAGAAUCAGACCUACUUACUUCUUUCAAAGUAUCUGUAGUGGGAGCUGCUAUGUGAGUCUUUAUGGGGGUAAAAUGGUACUUCUCCAUCACACCACUAUGAAUUCCACAGACAGUACAGUCAGUUUGGGAAAUGUGCUGCUUGGGAUUGGUCUCGCAGCCCUCAUUAUUGUGACUGUGUGUGGCAAUGUGAUGGUGUGCCUGGCUGUCUAUUUCAACCGGCGGCUCCGCAGCCUGACUAACUGCUUCAUUGUCUCCUUGGCCUUCACGGACCUGCUGCUGGGCCUCGUGGUGCUACCCUUUUCAGCCAUCUAUGAGAUCUCCUCCCAUAAGUGGCUUUUUGAUAUCACCUUGUGUAAUAUCUACAUCAGCUUCGAUGUCAUGCUGUGCACAGCCUCCAUCCUCAACCUCUUCAUGAUUAGCCUUGAUCGGUACUAUGCUAUCACGGCGCCUCUCCGCUACACUACAGUGGUCACUCCUCUUCGGGUGGCUGUGGCUAUGUUCCUUAUCUGGGUAGUGUCACUGAUGGUUUCAUUCCUACCCAUCCACUUGGGCUGGAACACUAAUGACGCAACCAUCCAGAACACGCGCUUAACUAAUGGGACACAGGAGUGCAAGCUGGAGGUCAAUGCUAUGUAUGUUCUGGUGGAUGGCUUGCUUACUUUCUACCUCCCUUUGCUUGUCAUGUGCAUCACAUACUACCGGAUAUUCAAAAUAGCCAGGGAACAAGCAAAAAGGAUCAACCACACCAACUGUUGCAAGACCGUCAAACAUGCGUUGCCCACCGUGAAGGAACACAAAGCCACUGUGACUCUUGCAGCUGUGAUGGGAGCCUUCAUUAUAUGCUGGUUCCCUUAUUUUACAGUGUUCACAUACCGGGGAAUGAUGGGUACAGUGUGCGAUACACUCCUGACAGUUGUCAUGUGGCUUGGAUAUGCCAACUCAGCGCUGAACCCUAUUUUGUAUGCUGCUCUGAAUAGGGACUUCCGGACAGCUUAUCAGCGAUUACUCAGGUGUUGGAAAGUGGGACCGGAUGCCAGAGAGGUGUCCCUGUCACAUGAGAUGAGAGACAAGACUUGUAAUCAGGAAAAUAAACCUCUACAGCUGCAUGCAAUGAAUGGAAAUAAGAACCCUCUUGUCCAAGAUGGCAUAGAAAGGAAUCUGAACCCACCAUGCAAUACAUCAUCCUCUACUAUCCUGUCCUGCUGUCAAAGUCUCUGGUUGGCCAAGGUCCUUCCCCAGAGGGAUAAGUGGAUCCCAAUGUUUGAGGAGCCAACAGCAAAUGCACAGAAGACAAGGCAACCCUCUGCACCCCAUACAGUUAUCUACUGUGUCUUCUCCUGAGCCAGAACCUAUUUUCUUUUGAAGCUGAAUAUAGAGAAUGAUGACCCAAGAUGGCUCAAAGAUAGCUUCAAGGUUGUUGCAUUUGGCACACCAUUUCAGUCUGCUCAAUGUGGUUUGAUAGGGGGCUCACUUUGCAUGGAUUUAGAUUUUGCUGAAAGACUCCUGACUGUAAAUGGUGGUGUGCAUCCAUAUGCACACAACAAAGUACUUGGAGAUGAGUGUUUAUGUGUAGUUAUAUGAUUGUCUGUCCACAACCAGAAGACAUGCUUUCAUCCACUUCCUUAUCAACUGAUCGAGAUUGUUUCAAUCAGAGAAACCAGAAUAAAAAAGUAGGGUAAAAUCCAGGCUUCACUGGAGACUAUACAGUCCUCUGUCUCCUGUAAAAGACUUGGGCCUCCAUUUUCCUACAAGGCUUACUAUCAGAGUCUUCUAGCACCACUGUUCUUGAACAUUCACUUUUAAUACACAGUUGGCUGCUCAGAGAGCCUUCCUCCUUCCAACAUUAGCUGACAAUAUGCCAUGUGUCAGGCAAGGUUCAAAUGACCAUCUUGAAUUCUAAGACUUCAGGCAGGAAAUGAAUGGGACAGGAAUGAAUUGUGGGUUUGGAAGAAGUGAGGGAGAGGAAGGUCAUUGCUCUUUUGGUGUGGUCUUGACACCGUGAGUCCUCCCUAUUGUUUACUGCCCUGUUAGAGGCCAGCCUAUGAAGUGCCAUAUUUAUUACCUGAGAAUAUUUCUUUCACUGGCAGUAUUCAAUAUGGAGUCAUCUUGCAUUUUCAAAAUGGUUUGUGGUUUCUAAAACAUCUGAUAAAA